CUCUACUGUCAAGUGUCAAAUGAUGAGCAAGGGGGAAGGAGGAAAAUUACACUUUGUCAUUGUUUUUAAUUCGACGAGCGAAGUACUACUGUGUGCGUUUUAAAAAUGAUUAAACACUUUUUUCCGAGAACAACUACGUUAUGUUUUGUGAGAAGGAUGUGUACUCCAGCCACCCCGCCUCCGACACCGGUAUCGGGCUCGUCUUCUGGUUCUAUGUCGAAGAGAUACCGACCAACAGAUUUUCAGAAGUUUAUCCUUGUUUGGACCAAGAAGUAUAAGAGCAAGGAGGAAAUCCCGACAUUUGUCUCAGCUGAAAUUAUUGAAAGGUCCCGUAGUGAAGCUCGCAUUAAAAUCGCAAAUGUUCUCAUGAUCCUCACUGCUCUCGCAAGUUUUGGCGCCAUUUUGGCAGGAAAGGCAGCGGCAAAGAGAGGAGAAUCUGUCCAUCAAAUGAACAUGGACUUCCACAAACAAUAUAGAGCCGAGCAGGCCGAAAAGGAAGCAGCAGCUGCUGCUAAGUAGAACAUGACAAGAGUUUUAAUAAGUGUUGUGUACUUUAGAUAUUAUUAGCAUUGAAUCAAAUAAAACAGCUUAUAACUCAAAUCUAUUUAUAAUAUAUACACUAUAGGCUCAAA